GAGCGCGCGCAGGGCGGGGGAGUGCGGCUGGCGCGGUCGUUGUGGUGUCGCAGCCGGUAACGGGAAGAAACAGAAAGAACCGCCAUGGCGGAGAGCGCCGGUCUGGAGAACCACCGGAUCAAAAGCUUCAAGAACAAGGGCAGAGAUGUAGAGACUAUGAGAAGACACAGAAAUGAAGUAACCAUAGAGCUACGAAAGAACAAGAGAGAUGAACACCUCCUGAAAAAGAGAAAUGUUCCCCAAGAAGAAAGUUUAGAAGAUUCUGAUGUAGAUGGAGACUUCAAAUCUCAAAAUGUAACGCUAGAAGCAAUACUACAGAAUGCUACCAGUGAUAACCCAACGACACAAUUAAGUGCCGUACAGGCUGCAAGAAAGCUGCUUUCAAGUGACAGAAAUCCACCUAUAGAUGACCUCAUAAAAUCUGGAAUUCUGCCGAUAUUGGUGAAAUGCUUAGAAGCGGAUGAUAAUCCUUCUUUACAGUUUGAGGCUGCCUGGGCAUUAACCAAUAUUGCAUCAGGAACAUCUGCGCAAACCCAAGCAGUGGUCCAGUCUAAUGCUGUCCCCCUAUUUCUGAGGCUUCUGCAUUCCGUGCAUCAAAAUGUCUGUGAACAAGCAGUCUGGGCGCUUGGAAAUAUCAUCGGUGAUGGUCCUCAGUGUAGAGAUUAUGUCAUCUCACUUGGAAUUGUCAAACCGCUCUUGUCCUUCAUCAACCCUUCCAUCCCCAUCACCUUCCUCCGGAACGUCACAUGGGUCAUUGUCAAUCUGUGCAGGAAUAAGGACCCCCCACCGCCAAUGGAGACUGUGCAGGAGAUUUUGCCUGCUCUUUGUGUCCUAAUAUACCACACAGACAUUAAUAUUCUAGUGGAUACAGUAUGGGCUUUAUCGUACCUAACUGAUGGUGGCAAUGAACAAAUUCAGAUGGUGAUAGAUUCUGGAGUUGUGCCAUACUUGGUGCCACUUUUGAGUCAUCAGGAAGUAAAAGUUCAGACGGCAGCAUUAAGAGCUGUGGGUAACAUAGUAACUGGCACCGAUGAACAGACUCAAGUGGUGUUAAACUGCGACGUUCUCGCUCACUUUCAAAAUCUACUGACGCAUCCUAAAGAGAAAAUAAAUAAGGAAGCAGUUUGGUUCCUUUCCAAUAUCACAGCUGGAAAUCAGCAACAGGUUCAAGCUGUUAUAGAUGCCGGAUUAAUCCCCAUGAUAAUACAUCAGCUGGCCAAGGGAGACUUUGGAACCCAAAAAGAAGCCGCAUGGGCAAUCAGCAACUUAACAAUAAGUGGCCGGAAAGACCAGGUGGAGUACCUGGUGCAGCAGAACGUCAUCCCACCGUUCUGCAACUUAUUGGCUGUGAAAGACUCACAGGUUGUCCAGGUGGUUUUGGACGGCUUGAAAAACAUUCUUAUAAUGGCAGGAGAAGAAGCGAGCACAAUUGCUGAGAUCAUAGAAGAGUGUGGAGGUCUGGAAAAAAUAGAAGCAUUGCAACAGCACGAGAAUGAAGAAAUUUACAAAUUAGCGUUUGAAAUCAUAGAUCAGUAUUUCUCUGGUGACGAUAUUGAUGAAGAUCAAAGCCUCAUUCCUGAAGCCACCCAGGGAGGUACCUACAACUUUGAGCCGUCAUCCAACCUUCAGGCAAAAGAAUUUAACUUCUAAGUGUGAUGCAGUGCAGCUUUCCUCUGUCCCUCAACUUCUAGCACCACCAGACGUCCACCUGUUGAAGACAAACCCUAAAAAGCUUCAAGACACAAAAAAAAAGCCUCUUCAUUUGAUGCUUCUAAAGCGAACCAUGUAUCUUUCACUUGCCAAAUGUCACUCACACGGACUGUAAUUGCAUUUGCAUGAGCUUGGUUUUCUUUGAAAUUCUAACAGACCCAGCUGUAUUUUUUACCUUCUCCAUUUGGCACUGUGUGCUGACUGCCACAACAUUCAGCCUUUUUAUUUUAGUUUUUUUGGUUAAGAAAAUUUCAUAGUGAUGGCAUAUCGGCUUCCUGUGGAAAAAGUAGCUUUUCUUGAAUCUGGUGCACUGUACAUCAAGACUUUGCUCUAAUGCAUACAUUGUGGAAGACUUUGCAAGAGUACAGUCUACUCUGAGCCUCCAUCUUCCUCCAUAGACAUUUUCAUAUUUUGAGGAACUAUAAAUUUAAUGGAUACAAAACAUGCAAGCCAAAAGAUUUUAAUUCAUGAAACUGAAUAAAACAUAACUUGGAUGAAUUAUUGAGGCAAACAAAAAUUCUGUUUGAGAGAAAACUUGUAACGAUGUCUCUUAGUAUUUCCCCAACUGCCUCCCAAGUCAGGAUUGGAAAAGUG